ACCAAUGCGCAGGCUCAGUGGAACAGGAGAGGACGGCUGCUGCUUAAUUCUCAGAAAACAACACUCUGACCCUUGACUGGCUUAGAUAAGACGCCGUAGACUAGAAUAGCAGCCAUCAGGACACGGAGCUUCUGUGUGUGUGAUGGGAAUGAUUGUGUCUGCUGUCGUUUCAUCCUGACCAAGAUUUGCUGAUGGUGGUUUCUCUCUGACUGUACUGGAAUAGGAGGGGCUGUUUCUACCCAGAUACACACGGAGAGAUUCUUCUGCAGAGAUUGUUACAGUGACAUCCUCCACGUGACUGUGCGAUCAAGAGGGCAUCAGGAUGGAGGCCCCUCUGGUGUGCCUGGAUGAGGAAUUUGAGGAUCUGCGGCCCUGUAAGAUGGAGGAGAUCAAAUCCGAGCAGCCUGCCUGCCGGCCUCACAAAACCAUUCCUCUGGCCCCACUGUGCCGUGAAGAGUUCUCAGAGCUGGAGAACUUCUCCGAGAUGAUGAGCUUCAAGUCCAUGGAGGACCUCGUCAAUGAGUUUGAUGAGAAGCUAAAUGUGUGCUUCCACAAUUACAACACGAAGACAGAAGGUCUGGCACCUGUUCGCAACCAGUCGCACACCGAGGAGGAUGAAGAGAGGCUUCAAGAUGAAGACGUGUGGGAUGCUCUGACUGACAACUACAUCCCCUCCUCUGUGUCCAGCUGGGACGAGCCCACCUCAGAAACGCUGAAUGGCAACCUCUCAGAUCAAGAGAUACAUGAAAAAGAGGAGGAUGAGAUGAAUGAGAAGAAUGAAAAUGCCAAUUGUUUGAGUGAAGAACCUCUUAUUACCGCUGAUCAGGUGAUUGAGGAGAUCGUGGAGAUGAUGGAAAACUCACCAGAUCCUGGAGAGACAGAGGAAGAGGAGGAAGAUGAUAUCGCUGUGUCUUCCUCUAAAAGUAGCCCCUCUCUGUUGGAGGAGAUCCGCAUGCUUUCUCAGGCCUCCAACAACAACUGCUCCUAUGAAGGUCUGAGGCUGAUGCCAAGCUCGGCACUGCUUGACAUCUUGUGUCGGAUGGAGGUGGCGAUACGAGAGUAUUCGGAGGAACUGGUGACCCAGCUGGCCCGGAGGGACGAGCUGGAGUUUGAGAAGGAGGUGAAGAACACCUUCAUCACAGCUCUGAUGGAGGUCCAGAACAGACAGAAGGAGCAAAGGGAGCUGAGCAAGCGCAGGCGUAAGGACAAGGCCAUGAGUUUACAAGGACCUACGCGCUCUGAGAAGACAGGGAGCAUGCCUGCAAAACGCUUCAGUAUGGAGGGUCUUUCCAACAUCCUGCAGACAGGUAUCAGACAGACCUUUGGGACCUCAGGGACAGAAAGACAGUACCUAAACACAGUCAUUCCAUAUGAGAAAAAAGGCACUCCUCCAUCUGUGGAUGACUUGCAAAUGCUCACAAAAAUUCUUUAUGCCAUGAAAGAAGACAGUGAGAAGGUCCCGACCCUCCUGACUGACUACAUACUAAAAGUUCUGUGUCCUACCUAAAGUCCUGAGCGUGAUGUGCUGAUGGUGAGACUCUGGAGAGGUUGGGUGUCUUUGUUCGUCCUCUCUCGAUUCUCAAAGCCCAGUUGCAUGAGCUCCCUUUUCCAGUAUCAGCGAGGGACCCUCAACAUCUAACCAUCCUUCUCUUGCUUGUCUAAUGACCUUUGACCUUGCUCAUCUCACUGCCCUUCCUGUAUUCACAUAUCCAUAAGGUUCAUAAUAUAGCACCUGGUGCUUUACAUGUUUUCUACUACGUGUGUUAAUACGGGCCAAAAGCCAUAUGGAACGUGUAAGGGUAGCAGGUGAAAUAUAAUCAGUUUAACUCUACGAUCAGGUAAUAUUUUUA